GACGCAGCCCUGGUAACGGAGCUCAAGGCAUCUUUUGUGCUGUUGUUCCACAGUGAAUGACGUCAUGGGCACUGCUAGGUCUUUAUCAUUUCUGCAAAUAAAUAGCUCACCCACUUGGUCUGCAGAAGCCGGCAAGGUGCUGCACGGCGGAGCGCUUGUGUUCGCCAAGAAGCAGUGGCCGUGACCAUGGAGAAAAACCCAGACCAGUUCUUCUUCCACGGCAACCACUGGCUCUACUUCUCCGUGUACCUAUUUGCCUUCCUGGUGGGGCUGCCCCUCAACCUAAUGGCUCUGGUGAUCUUCGUGGGGAAACUGCGGCGCCGCCCAGUGGCCGUGGAUGUGCUCCUGCUCAACCUGACCCUCUCGGACCUGCUGCUGCUGCUCUUCCUGCCCUUCCGCAUGGCGGAGGCAGCCAGCGGAAUGCGCUGGCCCCUGCCCUUCAUCCUCUGCCCCAUCUCCGGGUUCAUCUUCUUCACCACCAUCUAUCUCACCUCCCUCUUCCUGGCGGCCGUGAGCAUCGAGCGCCUCCUGAGCGUGGCCUACCCUCUGUGGUACAAGACCCGGCCGAGGCUGGCUCAGGCUGGGCUGGUCAGUGGCAUCUGCUGGUUCCUGGCGGCUGCUCACUGCAGUGUGGUCUACGUCACCGAAUUCUCGGGGAACUCCACCCACAGCCAGGGCACUAAUGGGACCUGCUACCUGGAAUUCAGAGAGGACCAGCUGGCCAUUCUCCUGCCCGUCCGGUUGGAGAUGGGUGUGGUCCUUUUCGGGGUGCCUCUGCUCAUCACCAGCUACUGCUACAGCCGCCUGGUGUGGAUCCUCGGCAGGAGCUCCAGCCGGCGCAGGCGCAGGAGGGUGGUGGGACUGGUGGUGGCCACGCUGCUCAACUUCCUCGUCUGCUUUGGACCGUACAACGUGUCACACGUGGUGGGCUACAUUCAGGGCAAGAGCCCCACGUGGAGGAGUUACGUGUUGCUCCUCAGCACUCUGAACUCCUGCGUCGACCCCCUGGUCUACUACUUCUCCUCGUCGAGGUUCCAAGUGGACUUCCACGAGCUGUUGGGGAGGCUGACUGGAGGCUGGAGCCCUGGCAGUCAGGAGGUUAGCAUGGAACUGAAGGUCAAGGACGGAGGAGAGUGGCUGUCUCAGGACUGUCCCACCUAGAAAUCAGGGGCGGACUCAAGGAGGGAUUUAGAACAGUUAGCCUUCAGGCCUGGCUGAAAUUGAG